UUUUAAUUUUCUUUUUUGAUGUUUAGAGAAACAAGCAAGAGCGAGGGGAAGAAGAGAGAUGAUGGUUAGUUGCAUUCUAAUUGAUAAUGCAUGAGCUUGCUUUUUUUACACUUUGUACAUACAGUGUCUGAGAAUUGUUUAUAUGGAAUUGGCUAUCUGUUCGAAUGCUGUAUACAUGACGUACAAGUGAUGCUGGGGCAAUAUCUGAAGUAAUAAAUACGCCACUUUACACCUAUAUACAAGACAGCGAUAUCCAAACCAGAAGCAACACGGCAAGAAAAAAGAAAAACCACCAUGACCGUCCAAACAAUCGCCCUCUUCGGCGCAACAGGCCAAAUCGGCACCGCCAUCCUCCGCGCUCUCCUCAGCUCCGAGUCCCAAUUCCGCAUUCUGCAAAUCAUCCCCCCAGGCGCAGAAGCCCGAGCGCACCGAGCCCCGAAUCUGGACACGAAAGUCAUUAAUCUGUCACUGGUUACGGUGGGUGAUCUCUCGCACGUCUUGCAGGGCGUGGAUGUAGUGAUUAGUGCGUUGAAUGGGAAGGCGUUGGAGGCGCAGGCGGUCAUUCAGGAUGCGGCGUGGGAUGCGCGCGUGAAGAGGUUCUAUCCGAGUGAGUAUGGGAUGCAUCAUAUUUAUCGGAAGCCGGGGGAUACGUAUGGGUAUCUUCAUCCUAUCUGGAACAUCAAAGCCAAAUGCAACGAGCAAGUCGUCCGCCACCCAGCCAUCAGCUCAGGCGAAAUGACCUAUACGAUAAUCGGCUGCGGCGACAUAUUCAACCAACCGCGCGAGAAAGUGUGGUGCCCGUGGACGCAAACCGACGUAAACGAAUACACGCUCCCGAUCGUCGGCAACCCCGAGGCCAAAAUCGACUUUACGCAUCUUGACGAUCUAGGCCGGUUCGUGGUGAAGACGAUUCACCAUCCAGAGUCGAGUGAGAAUACCACCGUCAACUUUGUCAGUGAUCAUAUCAGUUAUAGUGAGAUUGCGGGAUUGUUGGAGAAGUAUUCUGGGAAGCGGGUGUGGAAGAAUGUUAUGGCUGCUGAGACGGCGCAUCAUGUUCUUAAGAAUCCGGAUGAUGCGCCGGUGGAGUUGAAGAGUGCUCCGAGUGCUUUUCCGGUAGAUUUCUGGUUUCUGGUGAGAGGGGUGCAGGGCGAGGGUCGGUUUUGGAGGCCGAAGGGGGGAAUACAUAAUUCGUGUUUUCCCGAGGUGGACGUGAAGACGUUUGAGAAGUUUUUCCGUGAGAUUUUUGGCGAUUAUUAUAUCUAGUCUUUUAGUUUAUCAAUUCUGUUCGACGGUUGUUCAUGAUUUAUAGUACUCAUUGCAUUAAUGGUUAAAUCUAUAAGCACUUCAACCUGUAAUUACACGGAGGUCCGCUCUGCAUACCCAAGCGAAUGGUCAACGGAUUUAGGAG